AGUCUAGUUCUUGUGAGAUAAGUUCAUGUGUCAGAGGUUCCAUUAAAGCCAUAACUGGAGGAUAUCAAUUGUGAGUGAGUGUAGACAGAAAGAAGAGUACACAGGAGCAUUGCACCCUGGGGGAGAUGAUGAGAGACCUUGAAACGCUCUUUUGCCGUGAGAUCUCCCUUCUUCAUGCCCCAGUGAAUGCUGGCAGAGAUGUUACUUUACUGAAGCCAGCUUGUGUGUGAUGAUUUAGGACUCAGUUACCUUCGCUGAUGUGGCUGUGCACUUUACCCGAGAGGAGUGGACUCUACUGGACCCAGCUCAGAAAAAUCUAUACAGAGAUGUGAUGCUGGAGAACUACAAGAACCUGACCACAGUAGAACAUCUGUUAUUCAAACCCAAUCUGAUCUCUUGGUUGGAAGAAGAAGAGUUGAGUACAGUGCAGAGAGGAGUCUUCCAAGAACGGGAAAUGCAACUUAAAACCAAAGACUCAGCAAUUCAGCAGGAUAUGUUGGGGGAGAAAACACCCAAUAGGCUAAAAAUGGAGAAAAUCCACAGUGAGUGGGAACUCGCUGAUUGUGAGCAGUGUGGGAAAGUCUUCAGUGAACAUUCAUGUCUUAAGACCCAGAGGAGAACUCAACAUGGAGGGAACAGUGAUGAGGAUAAUCAGUAUGGAAAAAGCUUCCUUACGCCGCACAAGAAAACCUCACCUGGAGAGAAACAUUCCAUGUUUAAUCAGUGGGGAAAAGCCAUCAGCCCGACUCCAGAUAUUGUGUACUGUAAAACUAGCAUGCAAGAGAAAGCCUUGGAAUGCAGUGAUGGUGGGAAAGCCUUUGUUAAUCAGUCUUACCUUCAGGCACCAAUGAGAACUCACAAUGGAGAAAAACUCUAUGAAGGGAAGGAAUGUUUGAGAUCUUUUAUUUACUCAAUAAGCCGUGGUGUGCAGGUACAAACUGACACUGCUAAUAAUCAUUACAAAUAUAAGGAAUGCAGAAAAUCCUUUAAACAAUCUGUAUACCUUAAUGCUCACUUUCAAAUUCACACUGGUAGAAAACCCUUUAAGUGUGAGGAAUGUGCGAAGGCCUUUAUUAAGUCUUUUGAACUUAUUGAACAUGUGAAAACACACACAGGAGAGAAGCCCUUUCUUUGUGAGGUAUGUGGAAAAUCCUUUAGAAUUUCCUCAUACCUUCACGUUCACAGUAGAAUUCAUACGGGAAUAAAACUCUAUAAAUGUAAGAAAUGUGGGAAAGGCUUUAAACGUUCUGUGCAUCUUAAUGUUCACAUGCGAACCCACACUGGAGAGAAACCCUAUGAAUGUAAGGAAUGUGGGAAAGCCUUCACUCAAUCCUCAGGUCUCAUUUACCACAAUAAAAUUCACACUGGAGAGAAACCUUUUAAAUGUGAUACAUGUGGGAAAGCCUUUGGUAGUUUCUCAAAUCUUACUGCCCAUUUUAGAACUCACACUGGAGAAAAGCGUUUUGAGUGUAAUAUAUGUGGGAAAAGAUUUAGCAGUUCUUCAUACUUAGUCAUUCACAACCGUACUCAUACUGGAGAGAAACCCUAUAAAUGUCAGGAAUGUGGAAAAGGCUUUGAACGUUCUGUGUCCCUUAAAGUUCACAUGCGAACCCACACUGGAGAGAAACCCUAUGAAUGUAAGGAAUGUGGGAAAGCCUUCACUCAAUCCUCAAGCCUUAGUGACCAUAGAAAAACACACACUGGAGAGAAGCCUUUUAAAUGUGACACAUGUGGGAAAGCCUUUGCUCUUUCCUCACAUCUUAACAGACAUUUUAGAACUCAUACGGGAGAAAAGCCUAUUGAGUGUAACAUAUGUGGGAAAACAUUUAGCAAUUAUUUGUACUUUGUCAUUCACAAGCGUACUCACACUGGAGAGAAAUGUUAGAAAUGUAAAGAAUGUGGGAAAGCCUUCAGUUUUCCCAUUUCUUUUUGGUAUCAUGAAAGAACUCACCUGGAGAGAAAUUGUAUCAAUAUAAGGAAUGUGGUGUAGUCCUCAGUAGUCCCAAUUCACAUUGAAGACAUGAAAGGACCACACUAGAGAGAUACUCUACAAAUGUAAGGAAUGAGGGAAAGGCAUCAGAAUCUCAUCACAACCCAGCAUGUAUGGACUAACAGUGAAACCAUACCAUUAAGAAACAUGGAAGCACUUCGCUAUUUCCUCAGUGAAAUAUAUAUGUUUUUUAUAUAUGAGAGACCUUGUAAUGGAGAGAAAUCCAAGUGAUGUAAUGUGGGAAAAUUGUGCUAAUGUUCACUUGUGAUUUUGUUGUAGAGAAAAACUUUGU